AUGGGGUUGACGAAUUUUGUGCUGACCGUGGCAGGUGUAAGCGCCGUCGUUCUUCUUCUCAGGAGUGACGUCAAGCAAUCUGCCUCCAUCUUCCGCCGCAACAUGAAGCAGAUUCGCAACUGGCUUGAAGAAGAAACCGCCGCUUCUUCCAAGUGA